GGGAGGUCCCGGGGCCGCGACAUGGAGCCGGUGAGCGAGUGGAUCCACCACCGCUUCCCCGCGGUGCGGAGCCUGGGCACGGACGCGGUGGAGCAGCUGCUGCGGGAGGAUCGGGAGCGGCUGCUGCUGCUGGAUGUCCGCAGUCCGGCGGAGUAUGAGGUCAGUCACCUGGAGGGAGCCGUUCGCGUUGACCCCGAGACCACCGACAUGGAGCAGGUGGUCAGGGAGCUGGGUCCGGCAGAAUGUUUGAAGGAUAAAGAGGUGGUGUGCUACUGUACGGCUGGGUACCACGGUUCGGAGAUGGCACAGAAACUCCACAAGGCUCUCGUGUCGGGCUCUGAGCAGGAGGGGCAGGAGUCCCCGAAGGUCUACAACCUGGACGGAGGGCUGGUGAAGUGGGCCAACGAGAGGAAGCCCAUCGUGGACGGCAAGGAGCAGCCCACCCAGCUGGUCCAUCCCUACAACAAGGUGUGGGCUCAGCUGCUGGAGCCCGAGCUCAGGGCCCCAAUCUGAUCCCAGCCGGAGACUCGCCGCUCCUGAUCCCACUGGCAUCCCCUGGCAAGUGGUAAUUUUGGGACUGAAAAUUAGGUAGAGAAUGUAGCUUGGAUUUCUGUGUACAAACAGGAUCUGAGUCUGAUACAUUGGCAAACUAAUCAGUAAAAUGCCUGUGGAUAAAUGAUCAAAAUAAAGAGCCGUCUGCUCACCACAGACUGGCCUUUCCCACCUGAAA